GGUCACGUGUCUCGGCCUCGACUCUGGGCUUUACGAGGCAGCAGAGCGGAACCUUAAGUGCCUUUUCUCUAUUUAAACCGCCGCCCUCAGCCUUCAGGACUCAGUCGUGAGGAGUCAUGGCGGAGGGGAAGCCGUAUCGCUACGGUUUGAUCGUGGCGGGCUGGUGCGUGGUGGCCUUGGGCCUGUUCAUCAUGACCAGGGAGCGGGCGCACGUCUACGCCACCAUGUGCGCCCUGGGUGUGGCCAUGGUGCUGGCGGGGACGAUAUGGAGCCUCUGUCAGUGUUACCCCAAGGUCGUUUUGGAGGUCGGUGUUUGGGAUGUGAAAACGGAGGCGAUGCAAGAUGAGAGGGUGCAUGAGGAUGAAGAUCAACAUGAUGACAACAUCACAGGAGGAGAAGGGAGCAGUGAGCAGCAGCGGUGGCCGUGCCCGGGAAUCAUUUUUGGUGAUUUCACCCCCAAUUCCAACCCUUGAUGCUGAGUGCCAAGCAGGGAGGUAAUGGGUCCCAUUGUUAUAGUCUUUGGUAUGACUCGGCCAGGGUUUGAACUCACAACCUACCGAUCUCAGGGCGGACACUCCAACCACUAGGCCACUGUUUUUAAACCUUUUUUGAGCCACGGCACAUUUUUUAAUAAAAAAAAUGUGGAGGCACACCACCCGCAGAAAAAAAAAAAAAAAAUGAAACUCAGUAGCUGAUAUUGACAAUAAAAAGUCGUUCUCGCGAUUGUUGGAUAUGACAUUAAACCAAAACCACUAUAGUUCUUGUCUCAAAGUAGGUGUACUCUCACCACCUGUCACAACACGCCAUGACUUAUUUUGAGUUUUUUGCUGUUUUCCUGUGUGUAGUGUUUUAGUUCCUGUCUUGCGCUCCUAUUUUGGUGGCUUUUUCUCGUUAUUUAGUAUUUUCCUGUAGCAGUUUCAUGUCUUCCUUUGAGCGAUAUUUCCUGCAUCUGCUUUGUUUUAGCGAUCAAAAAUAUUUCAGUUGUUUUUAUCCUUUCUUUGUGGGGACAUUGUUGAUUGUCCGGAUGUACAUUGUGGACACAGUCUUUGCCCCACAUUAAGUCUUUGCUGUCGUCCAGCAUUCUGUUUUUGUUUACUUUGUAGCCCGUUCAGUUUCAGUUUCGUUCUGCAUAGCCUUCUUGCAGACUAUAAUUA